UAAAUUGACAACAUACACAGACCUGAUAGAAUCCCACAGAAAGAGAAGAUCGUUUUCUGCUGAGGGACGCCCCAUCAAUAAUGCAAAAAUCACAAGCUGCCUUACUGUCUCUUCAAGCUUGUGCUAAAUUUUGUAUGUCAAGCCAAUCAACCAUUUUCUGUGGUUGAGACACCAUCUUUCAAGACUAUGAUAGAAACCCUGCAAGCUCAGUGUACUGUUAUGACAAGAAAAACAUUUAGCUGUAGAAUACAGGAAGCUGCAAAGACAAUGAAGAGCAUAAUUGUCAGAAAACUGAGUGCUGUGAAUCAUGUUGCUACCACAACUGACUGCUGGUCUGCCAGACAACGAAGUUACUUAGGUGUCACCUGCCACUGGAUAGACCAUACCUCUCUAGAAAGACACUCCGCUGCAUUAGCUUGUAGACGUCUCAAAGGCUCACACACAUUUGAUGUGCUUGCUGCAACAUUAGAGGAUUUACAUUCCGAGUACCAAAUCAGGGGAAAAGUGACCAGGACAACAACAGACAGUGGUUCAAACUUCCUAAAGGCCUUUCGAGUAUAUGGUGCGCAGGAGAAAGAGGACAGAGUCGCUGAUGAUGGACAGGAGGAGAGAGACUCAGAAGGGUCAGAAGAUGAGAGUGAGUCGGAGGUGGAGUACCAAAAUGUGUCUUCUAUUUUGGAUAAUGACACUUGCCUUGGAUAUCAUCUUCCAAAGCACCAAAAGUGUGCAUGCCAUCUCCUCAACCUAAUCUCUGCAGUUGACACUACUGCUGCUGGAGCACGCAGCGAAACAUACAAGAGGUUGUCACGUGCUGCUUUUGCAAAAUGUAGUGCUCUGUGGAAUAAGACCAGCAGGUCAACCACAGCAUUUGAAAUUGUGGAACGUGAAUGCAAGAUGCAGUUUCUCCGACCCAAUCAAACUCGUUGGAGCUCCCUGUUCUUCGCUGUAGAACGGGUUGUAUGCAUUCAGAAGGAGCAAGGAGAAAAAGCAAUACGCAAUGUGUGCAUAGCAUUGCGGAUAAAUAUGCUCAAUACAGCUGAAAUGGCAUUUUUGACUGAGUAUGCUGCGGUAAUGAAGCCUGUUGCCAUGGCCCUGAACAUCCUCCAAGGGCAAUCAUCAUUGCAUAUGGGCUUCCUGCUGCCAACACUUCACCAGUUGCAGAACAAGCUGAAGAAGUUGGAGUCAUCUUGCAAAGUGUGUAGACCUCUCAUUGAUGUCCUGCAGGAGGGGAUCCAGAAACGUUUUGGAGAGAUGAUGAAACAACCUGAGUUGAUUGCAGCAGCUAUACUCCUAUCAAAAUUCAGGACAUCUUGGACCACUGAUGAUAGCAUCUUAAAUGACGGCCUCGACUACAUCAAAAAUCACCUGGACACUGACUUGGAGAUGGAUGAUGCUCCCAAAAACAGUAGUCAUUCUGAUGAAGAUGACUUCUUUGCAUCGCUGAAUACAGGACAAUCACAAACAGGAGAGCUGGAGAGGUACCUUUCAUGUCCAUCCACUGGAGGUAUGGAUCUCUUGCUUUUCUUUCCUCAAAUCAAGAGCCUGUCAAUGAAAAUCAACACUGGCCUCCCAGCAUCUGCAGCCUGUGAGAGACUUUUAAGUCAUGCAGGACUCCUUUUCACGGCUAAAAGGUCACAGCUUCACAGUGUGAACCUUGAGAGCCAAUUGUUGUUGAAACUGAAUAGUCACUUAACUGAGUGAUUCUGAGUGAACAUGCACAACUUCACAUGCACACACACUUACACAUCUAUGCACACACACGCACAAUCGCACACACACUCACGCAUGUAUACAAACACAAAUCAGAAGUGCACAGAGUUCUCAGGUGCAGGCCACACCUAUCAGAGUUUUUGGUUUGCGUAAAGGCUAACUUAUUAUUUUCCUUUGUAACCUCUGCCUACUGAGCCUAUGGUGCUGUUAAGUUAUUGUGGCUGAAUUUGCCUUAAUUUAUUUUAUUUUAAUGUAUUAUUAUUUAAUAUAUCAUUGUUUUAGUUGCUUAAGAGAUAUUUGUGGCUCUGAAUUUGUUCAUUACUAUUUUUAUGUUUUUUAGCAUUAUUUGUUGCCGUCAUCAUUAAAGGAACAGGUUACUCAUCAGUUACUCAGUACUUGAGUAGUUUUUUCAC